UUAAAAUUUGUUGAAUCUCCAAUUAUGAAUAUGUAGGGUUUGUCUUCAAAGGAAGCUGAGUUUUUGACGGAUGGAUUUAAUGCAGAAAAAUCCUGCAUCUGUACCAAACAAAGCCCUAUGAUCGCCGACUCAUUAAAAAGUGUGAAUCCAUCAGGUCUUGAAGCAGAUACACCUAGUUCUUUAAAUGCACCUUCUUCCUUUGGUCAGGGAUCUCAACCAAAGAUGGAUAUUGAUGCUGUACCCUCUUCUUCUGGGACAUCUAGAAAUCUGUUGUUUAAAAUAGGUGAUAGAGUAAGGUACAUUUCUGGUGGCUUAUGUCCAUCAGCAUCUUCAUCAAGGUAUUAGUAGUGGCCAGAAUCUGUUAAACUUUCUAGUGAUCAUUUAUAUGGUUCUGUGAACUUGAGUGCAGGGAUGUUUAGUCCUUAUCCUUUUUCUUAAUUACCUUGUAAUGAUCAUUGAAACUCUGUUUCUCUGAAGUCAUGAACUAAAAGGGGAAUUGAUUGAUGGGUUUCCACUAACUGAACUGGGGCUGUAUUUUGACAUAAACAUGUCAGUUGCAGAAUUCCUCCUCAUCAUGAUCUGAAGUGGAAUGCUUGAAAUAAUAGCUGACGAACUGGGCAAAUAUUGUUUUGGAUAUGAGAAGCAUCAAGCAGGGUUCUAUUGUUGAAGUAGCUGCCAAAUGUAGUCCAAUGCCAAAACUGAGAAGAUAAAUGAUGAUAUUCAUGUGAUUUUUGUUUUUCUACUUUCUAGUUGUUGAGACUAGCUAUAGAGUUGGAAUUCAAUACCUGUCUAAUUGUGCUGGUUCAUAUUUGCAUAUACUAGCGUAAGACAUUGGAACAAAUGUAGGAAACAUAUUCUGGAGAUAUUUAGAGCCUCAUGCUAUUCUCAAGCUGUUGCCUCAUAAGGGGUGGACUUGAAAAUUUUUUUGAUUCUUGCCUUAUGUUUGUCAUUUGGCCCUUUUGGCACAGCAUAUGGUUGCUUACUCUGUUAAUUGUUUGUUAAUUUAAUAUGUAGGGGUCCACCUAAUGGAAUUCGUGGAAAGGUCCUACUAGUUUUUGAGGACAAUCCUUUCCUUUGUCAAAAAUAGGGGUAAGGUUUGAUAAACCUGUAACUGAUGGGGUUUAUCUUGGAGGCCUUUGCGAGGGAGGUCAUGGGUACUUUUGCAAUGGUAAUUUUGUACUGUUCUAUGAGAAUUUUCAUGUGCUUUGACUUCAUCAGAAACCCUUUUCUUUUUUUCCCCGAAAAUUUUCUGAUUCCAACUGACUGGAAAUAUUUCUCACUUUCUAUCUCUGGUUACUGAUCUUCGUUUGGAUAAUGUGGAAGAUUUGGACAAAUUACUAUCAAUACAUUAUUUGAGGUAGUGAUACUCAAGUGAUGAUGAUAUGAUUCAAUUUGAUUUGGCUUUGUGUUGUUUUCCAUUUCCUGGCUUCUUAUAUACUUCUACAAAAUGUUUUAUCCAGCUGUACACAAUGAGAGCAGAAACUCUCCUUUUAUUUUGUUCAUGAAAUAUGCAGAGAAAUCAAUUGCAGGAAAUCCAGACACAUGCUCUACAUUUAAAAGCAAACUUGAAAAGCUUCCUGAUAAUGUGGUAGCAAUUGCUUCACACACACAAACUGACAAUCGCAAAGAAAAGUCGCAUCCUGGAGGUUUUCUUUUCACGAAAUUUGGUUGCAAUCAAACUGCACUUCUUGACCUGGCUUUUCCGGAUAGCUUUGGAAGACUUCAUGACAGAGGGAAAGAAGUACCAAAGGCAACAAAAGUUCUGACUAACCUUUUCCGGAAUAAAGCAGUUAUUCACAUGCCACAGGAUGAGUUGCUUCUACCAUCUUGGAAGCAUCAAUUGGAUCGAGAUGCAGAAACCCUCAAAAUGAAGGGGAAUUUUAAUCACCUUAGUGCUGUGAGAAACCUUUCAUACACUAAGCCUCUGUUUGUUUGUAGAAAAUAACUUAUAUUUGAAAAAUAUUUUCCGUGGAAAAUAUUUUUCAACAAGAUAACUUAUUUUCUAUUGCUUAAUUUUAAUUUAAAAAAUAAAAUUCAUUGAAAAAUUUAUAUAUAGGUCUUAAUAAAGACGUUAAGGUGCGGAAAAUGACUUCCUCUAAAAAGAGGAAGUCAUUUUCCUUAAAAUGACUUAUUUUUUCCUUUGACCAGGAAAAUAUUUUCUGUUGACUAAAUUUUCUAAAGCCAAAAAAUUGACUAAAUUUUCUGACUGCUCCAAACGUAAAAAAAUAUGAAAAAUAUUUUCCGUGAAACAAACGGAACCUAAGCUAUGGCAUUUGAUUGUUAUUUCUUAAAUAUUUUAUAAUUAAUACAAUAUGUAAAGGGGCACUUUUGAAAUUUGGAAUGUGUAAUCCUUAAGAGUCAACUACUUGUCCAUGUCUGGUCAGUUUGUCUCUGCUACCGAAACGUUAUGUUGGCUCACAUCACUGGUCCUUAUAAUAAAAUAAUCUUCAAUGAUGCAUGAAUGUUCAGUGUGCACAGUAAAGGCAUUAGAAAUUGCUCCUUCCAGUUAUCAUUAAUAAGUAUAUUGUGGCUUACCAGAUACCAACUAUCAAAUCUGUGAGGAGCAGCUUCAACUUAGAUAACGUCUAGUUUUGAUUGUCGGUUUAAGGGGUCUGUUUUAUGUUCUUUUUCCUAUGUUGUUUCUGGUUAACUGUUGAAACUUCCCUUUCUACUCUUAGGCAUCUUUGCUAGCUAUAGCAAAAACAAGAAGAAUAUGAGUUGCCAGAGCCAUCUGGCUUCUCGUCUAUAUUAACUGAUUUUUCUGUUUGACAUAAAAAUUCAUGUUUAUGCUUCUGUGUUUCCUAGAAUUGGUCUCUUCUUCUCAAAGUUGGUCCCAUAUCAGUCAUCCUGAGAAUUCUUGGAAUUUUUGGUUUAUAGCUGGUUGAAGUCCUUUUGUUGGUUGAGCAAUGAAGGUUCUAGAUUUCUGUUGUGGAACUAGAAUUUCAAGAUUGGAGGGCCACGAGUACGGUUGAUAAUAGUAAUAAGAAAAAACUUAGAUUUCAAGGACUCGACAGAUUUGAGGGCCUUGUUGAAAAGUUCCAGAUUUAGGGUUGGAAUAUGUACUUUUGUAUAAAAUAUAUAGGUAGGAAAUGAGAACUUGCUAAGAAUGACAGUAACAUUGUCCUGUCUCCUGUGAUAGAAAAUAGGCCUCUUGAGGGGUUAAAAAAAAAAAGAAAAGUUAGGCUGUAAGCUGUACAUGAAAUUGUAGUGUUGUCUUGAGAAAUUAAAGAUUCAUGUGAGAAGACUUUGGAGUGUCCUGUUGGAUGGGCAACAGUGUUGAGAGUUGCAGAUAUGGUCUUCUGGACUUGAGCAUGUAUCUUACUAUUGUAGUGUUGCCUUGAGAAACUAAAGAUUCAUCUAAGAAUCUGGAGUUUCAUAUGUUGGACAAUAGGCUAAAUUUCUACAGUCAUCUAAUGUUGAAGUGAUAAUCAUAAUCUAAUUUUGGAUAGUUGUAUGGAGCUAGAAUUCUUCAUAUGGCAGUAAAGUCCAAUCAAAUGUUGGAAUUCAGCUACUGCUUUCAAGUGAUUAGAUUUCUCCAGUCUGUUUUCCAAGGAAAUUGUUGAAGUUUUCCUUCAGCUUGAAUGAAGCUCUUGUCCUAUUCUGUUGGUAAAGUGAACGCUCAAUGUUCGGAGAUUUUUUAUUAUUAUUAUUGUUAUUUCUCUCCACAGAAGAAAGCUUUUUGUUGGAAUGCGCUCUAGACCUGCUUUUAUUUGCUUAUUUUAAGCCAUAUUUCCUGAUUUCGACUAUUUCACAUUGAUCUUUGUUUUGUAGUCUUCCUAGUACAAUUUAUAUCCUUUAAUUCUGUAGUUAGCAGACAUGUGAUUAGGACGGGAUUGUUCUGUACGUAUAAAUACUCUUGACUUUAUUCUUGUAGUUAAUUCGAUUCUUCCAGAAGUACUCUCUCUCUGUUUCUCCAAAACCUCAGUUUCACAUUGUUCUCAGCUAUUAUUGGUGCUGUAGGGACUUUGAGCAAUGAAAGUUGAUGGCUUGAUCUUUGUUGGAAUUCAUUUAUGUAUCUUCUGGUUGUUAGCAAUGCUUUUUUGAGUUGGCCAAGUGCUCGUUUGAGGAAGCCUUUAUGAUUCUACUCGCACCUUAAACUUGCUUGCUGCACUAUAUAGCAUCAUCAAAGGCUCCCCUCAGGCCCCAACACAUUUCUUGUUGGAGGUUUUUUUUUUUCUAAACUUGCAUUUCUUGGUCAGGAUUGAUGGGUUUAUAUGUAUGCGUUUGUCGUGCCCAUUAUCCUAUGCAUAAA